AUGUCCCGGUGCACUGACACAGCUUCCAAACUGUUCGAAAGCAGUGUAAUCAGAGGAAAAGUAAAACCAAGAAACUUAAAUAGUUACUGGGUUAACUGCUUACUUCAGUGGCCAGCAGUGUUGCAAACAGGAACCCGAGGUUUUCACUUCACUGUUGAUGGGAACAAGAGGGCAUCUGCUAAAGUUUCAGAUUCUAUUUCUGCUCAGUAUCCAGUAGUGGAUCAUGAAUUUGAUGCAGUGGUGGUAGGCGCUGGAGGGGCAGGCUUGCGAGCUGCAUUUGGCCUUUCUGAGGCAGGGUUUAAUACAGCAUGUGUUACAAAGCUGUUUCCUACCAGGUCACACACUGUUGCAGCGCAGGGAGGAAUCAACGCUGCUCUGGGGAACAUGGAGGAGGACAACUGGAGGUGGCAUUUCUACGACACCGUGAAGGGCUCCGACUGGCUGGGGGACCAGGAUGCCAUCCACUACAUGACAGAGCAGGCUCCCGCCGCCGUGGUCGAGCUGGAAAAUUACGGCAUGCCGUUUAGCAGAACUGAAGAUGGGAAGAUUUAUCAGCGUGCAUUUGGUGGACAGAGCCUCAAGUUUGGAAAGGGCGGGCAGGCCCAUCGGUGCUGCUGUGUGGCUGAUCGGACCGGCCACUCACUAUUGCACACCUUAUAUGGAAGGUCUCUGCGAUACGAUACCAGCUAUUUUGUGGAGUAUUUUGCCUUGGAUCUCCUGAUGGAGGACGGGGAGUGCCGUGGUGUCAUCGCACUGUGCAUAGAGGACGGGUCCGUCCAUCGCUUAAGAGCAAAGAACACUGUUGUUGCCACAGGAGGCUACGGGCGCACCUACUUCAGCUGCACGUCUGCCCACACCAGCACCGGCGACGGCACGGCCAUGAUCACCAGGGCAGGCCUUCCUUGCCAGGACCUAGAGUUUGUUCAGUUCCACCCCACAGGCAUAUAUGGUGCCGGUUGUCUCAUCACGGAAGGAUGUCGUGGAGAGGGAGGCAUUCUCAUGAACAGUCAAGGCGAAAGGUUUAUGGAGCGAUACGCCCCCGUGGCAAAGGACCUGGCGUCUAGAGAUGUGGUGUCUCGGUCGAUGACUCUGGAGAUCCGCGAAGGAAGGUCCGUGUCUGAGUGGGCACACGGGCCAGGGUUGCUUCUGUGAGUUCCAGCACCGCUCGCCCUCACCUUCGUGUGCAGGCACACGUGCACAGCCACCUCUCUCAGCUGCUGACAGGCGUCUGUUAGUCUGUGGUAUUUUCUUAAAGACCUACAUUUUGAAAAUUUUAGCCAGUUUCUUUCUCAGAUCUGUGGAACAGAGUUUCUCUUAGUGUGGGUGAGUAUGUGACAGAGUGCGGGAGAGAGAGACGCACACGCAACCUGAAGUCGGCACGUGAGCCCUGGGUGUCGUGUCUGAUGCCCACAGGUGUUUUUCGGCAGCUUUUCAAAGGGUGUGGGUUACUUGGCUUUCAGUAAAACAGUUUGCAGCUCUUUCAUUCCUGACCCUGUUCUUUAAUGUAAU